GGCACCUGCAUGUUCUGUGCAGCUUUUGCUCGCGUACCCCCCCUAUCGGCGAAAGGCAGUAGCCUGAUUCCCCGCAUUGUCAUUUUGCCACUGAGAACACAACAAACAUGGCGGAGAGCGAAAUCCUCGAGUCUAUCACCGAACAUGAACGCAUCCUGCAGGAAAUUGAAAGCACAGACACUGCCUGCGUCGGUCCCACGCUUCGAUCUGUAUAUGAUGACCAACCCAACGCACACAAGAGGUUUAUGGAGAAACUUGAUGCUCGCAUCCGUAACCAUGACCGGGAGAUUGAGAAAAUGUGCAAUUUUCACCAUCAGGGUUUCGUGGAUGCCAUUACAGAACUCUUGAAAGUGAGAGCAGACGCAGAAAAGCUAAUGGUUCAAGUGACCGGUACCAAUCGAAGACUCCAGGAUGCUGGAAAAGAGGUGACAGCCCAAACUGAAGAGAUGAUCCGAUGUAGGGUCCAGCAGAGCAAUAUUGCAACCACUGUUGAAAAACUUCAGUUAUGUAUUCCUGUUCUAGAAAUGUACAGCAAGCUGAAAGAACAGUUGGAUUCCAAAAGAUACUACGCUGCCUUGAAAACGAUGGAACAGCUUGAAAAUAUCUACAUUCCUCGAGUUAGCAAAUACCGGUUCUGUCAGAUUAUGGCAGAAACUCUUCCCAAACUGCGCGAGGAAAUCAAAGAAAAAUCCAUGUCUGACCUGAAAGAUUUCCUGGAAAGUAUCCGGAAGCACUCUGAUAAGAUAGGUGAAACGGCAAUGAGGCAGGCACAGCAACAUAGAACAUUUAACAGUGCUGUACAGAAGCAGGCCAGCAUGGGCUAUGGGAAGCCUCUCUACAUGCUGAAUGGCAAAGCACCCAGUCCAGAGAGCGGAGUAGCAUUGGAAGUGGGAGUAGAUGAAGAGGAAGAACACGAUGAUGAGGUGUUGACUGCCCAAGAUCUCGUUGAUUUCUCACCUGUAUUUAGAUGUCUUCAUAUUUAUACAGUUUUGGGUGACAGAGAAACAUUUGAAAACUAUUACAGAAAACAAAGAAGAAAACAAGCAAGAUUAGUCUUGCAACCGCAGUCAAGCAUGCAUGAAACUGUUGAAGGAUAUAGAAAAUAUUUUAACCAGAUUGUCGGGUUUUUUGUGGUGGAGGAUCACAUUUUGCAUGCAACCCAGGGGUUGGUAACCAGAGCAUACACUGAUGAACUUUGGAACAUGGCACUUUCCAAAAUAAUUGCUGUGCUGCGAACCCACUCGUCCUAUUGCUCUGAUCCUGAUCUUGUGCUGGAGCUGAAGAAUCUCAUUGUUAUAUUUGCAGAUACUCUUCAGGGCUACGGGUUUCCAGUGAACAGACUCUUUGACCUUCUUUUUGAAAUAAGGGAUCAAUAUAAUGAAACUCUCCUAAAGAAAUGGGCUGGUGUGUUCAGGGAAAUAUUUGAGUCAGACAACUAUAGCCCUAUUCCUGUAGAAAACGAAGAAGAAUACAAAACAGUCAUCAGCAGAUUUCCAUUCCAUGAUGCAGAAAUUGAAAAGCAACAAUUCCCAAAGAAACUUCCAAUGUCUCAGUCAGUGCCUCAGGUCUACAUUCAAGUAAAAGAGUUCAUUUAUGCAAGCCUUAAGUUUUCGGAGUCGCUUCAUCGCAGUUCAACUGAAAUAGAUGACAUGCUUCGGAAAUCCACAAAUCUUCUGUUGACCAGGACUUUAAGUAGCUGUUUGCAGAAUCUCAUUAAAAAGCCACAUAUAGGUUUGACAGAGCUUGUACAGAUCAUCAUAAACACGACACACCUGGAGCAAGCCUGUAAAUACCUGGAAGACUUCAUAACAAACAUCACAAACGUUUCCCCAGAAACCAUCCACACUACAAGACUUUAUGGGCUUUCCACAUUCAAGGAUGCCAGGCAUGCUGCAGAAGGAGAGAUAUAUACUAAAUUGAACCAAAAGAUUGAUGAGUUUAUUCAGCUAGCUGACUAUGAGUGGACCAUGUCAGAGUCUGAUGGAAGAGCAAGUGGAUAUCUAAUGGAUCUCAUAAAUUUCCUUAGAAGCACAUUUCAAGUUUUCACGCACUUGCCUAAUAACAACAAUGACCAUGCAGCAAUGUCGGGGAAAGUAGCUCAAACAGCGUGCAUGUCGGCCUGUAAGCACCUGUCUACAUCCUUGACGCAGAUGCUGCUUGACAGCGAGUUGAAACAGAUAAGCAUGGGGGCUAUCCAGCAGUUCAACCUGGAUGUCAUGCAGUGUGAAUUGUUUGCUAGCUCCGAGCCGGUGCCAGGAUUCCAAGGGGACACUCUGCAGUUAGCAUUCAUCGACCUCAGACAACUUCUUGAUCUGUUUAUGGUUUGGGAUUGGUCAACAUACCUGGCAGACUACGGACAGCCCACUUCCAAAUACCUCAGAGUGAAUCCUUCCACAGCUCUAGCACUGCUGGAAAAAAUGAAGGACACUAGUAAAAAGAACAACAUUUUUUCCCAGUUCAGAAAAAAUGACCGUGACAAGCAGAAGUUAAUAGAGACAGUGGUGAAGCAGCUGAGGAGUUUAGUGAAUGGGAUGUCCCAACACACCUAGGCUGACGAGCUCUCUAAUAUUUAUAGUCCAAUUAUAUUCCAGCAUUUCAACCAGUAAAUACAUUUUUUUGUUAAAAUACUAUUGGAUAUAUUGUAAAUAUUACAACAAAGAACAUUUAAUGAAGACAAACAUGUCAGCAGUAAAAUGUUUUUUAUGUAUUUUUAAUGGAUGAGAAAUAUGUUUUGUAUAUUGUGAAUGUGCAAUGAUUGUAAUCACCGUGAAAAGGGUGUUUUUAAAGCAAACUGGGAAUGUAACUUUGGAAAGACUGGCAGUGGAUAAUGACGUCACAAAGGAGACGGAUAUCUCAAUAAAUAUUUAUAAAAACACUCCAUUCAGGGUUUAACUACAGAAUACGCCUGGAUUUGUUUCUGUAUAUAUAAACACUUAUAAACAUGCAGCUCUAGUUUGAGGGCAACAUUGCUUUUGUUCAGCAAACAUUUCAUUGGCAAAUGAUUUGCUUGCAGGAGUAGACUCUACUGAAAAAAAAAAGUUUGACAUUUCUUUUUAAUUCUGCUGUUUUAUAGUUUUGUCAGUUUAUAUAUUUUAAUAAGAAUUAGAUAUUAUGUUUGGGAAUUUAAGUUACGAUUUAUUUAUAAAAUUUAUAUAUAUAUAUAUAUAUAUAUAUAUAUAUAUAUAUAUAUAUAUAUAUAUAUAUAUAUAUAUAUAUAUAUAUUAAUCUGAGUAUGCUAAGUUUUAUUCCGGGCUAAAGGCCAUCGCACUCCUGAUCUAUUGCAUGUCAUUUUUAAUGCAGAUCAAAUCAAAAUGAUUUUAGUUCCAAAAUCAAAGCAUCGCUUUCAUACAUUAAUUACAGACUUGGUAUGCAAGGUAUAUUUAAAAAAAAAAAAAAGUAAUGUUUGUAAAAUAAUUGUUGUAUGUUAAAUUCAUAUAAAGAAACAGAUUGUCUGUGCAAUGGCCUUUACAUUUCAAUUUAACAGAUUUGGGGUGCAUGUGUUUUAGGUUUUCUCAUUCUGAUUUUAAAAAGCAGUAACAGUUUAAAAGCCCAGCAGCCUAGUAAUAGUAUACGCAGCCCUUAGAAGGAAAAUACAGAAGGUAUAAUAUAAAGUUAUUUAUUGUUUCUGAAACGAACUGCCAUUUUGCACAAGAGUUAUAGAACAGUUUGUGAAAAAUAAAUCUGUUACGUGCAUAACAAAUGAUGUACAAUUCUAAUGAUCUAUUCGGUAUAAGUUCAUGUAAAGCUACAAAUUGGUCUUUAUGGUGCCAAAGCUACAAAGAGGAUGUCAUGGACGUACCCCAUUAUUAUGUGAAUUUCACAUUCUCUUUUGUCAGAGUCCCCUUCUUGUCCCAAUUUUAUGGACCUGGGAGGGUUUUGACAGGGCUGGGUCUGGUAACACAGGGCAGAAAAAAAAGUAGGUAAAUUCUAGUAUAUGUACUUAUUAAAAAAUCGUGGAUAUAAUGAUAGUUAGCUUAUUACCUACAAUAUUCAACCGAGUUGUUGUUGUUGUAGUAGUGGUUACGUAAAUCGACGAAUGGUGCACCAAAAUGCACCCGAAAGACAUAUUGCACAUCGCUGUCAUUGCUUUCAAAACCCCCAUGUAAUAAAAGAGUAUUACUAUACCAGUAAAUGAAAAAUGUUUCAUAUUGAAUUCCAUCUGUUAUGAUCACACAGUAACAUUGAACAUGGUUAGAUAAAAGUAUUAUAAGACCUUAUGUUUUCAUAGUACAGUAAAAAUGUUUGAAUUUUCAGCACAGAACUUCAACAUAAAAGGCAAAUUACAGUUCAAGUAAUGGUUCAGCUCAUUUGUAUAGACUUAUCAGCAAUGGAAAGUUGUAAUUUAUAGCACCAUAAAGCUGUUUCAACUUUUACAUGAAAUGUUGAUUUUUCUGUUUUAACUGUUAAUAAGUUAUCCAGUACUUUAUACUGGAAAAUAAAUAAAAU